AUGUCACCGGUCGAAAUCUACUUCGACGACAUCUUCACCAAAUUCGCCACCUGGGAGGAAGAAUGGGCCUUUGUCAAAGAUCACCUGUUGCCCCGAUUGGUGUGGGCAAUGGUACGAUUGUCAAGAAAGAAAAUCAGCCUGGGGAUGACCUCAAUCGUGGCGAUGGGUUGGACCCAUUCGAUUGGAGGCGUGACAACCAUCAAACCCAGCCGGAUCGCCAAACUGCUUGAGUGGCCGGUGCCCAAAUCGCAGACGGAGGUGAGGUCAUUCUUGGCUGCAACCGGACCGUGUCGGCAAUGGAUGAAGAAUUGUGCCGAGAUCGCAAGACCUCUACAUCGGCUCACCGGAUCUGUCCCUUGGAAAUGGGGAUCUACAGAGGCGUUGGCCUUCAGGUUGCUCAAGGACCUGAUGUCGAAAACAGUGGAGUUGCACGGCAUCUCGAUCGGUCACCCAAUCCAGUUGUACUCUGACGCUUCGAAAUACGCCGGUGGUUGCGUGGUGAUGCAGAUGCAGGAUGCCGGUCUGGUUCCUGUGUUGUACGAUUCCUUUUUGUUGACGAAAUCCCAACGAAAUUAUGGCACAUACAAACGGGAGCUCCUAGCCAUUGUCGAGUUCUGUCGACGACACAGCCACUUCCUACGCACUGAGAAACCAUCGACCAUCUUCACAGAUCACAAGCCCAUUACGUGGUUUCUGUCAUCAUCCAACCACCACGGCAUCUACGCCCGUUGGGUCACCGAGCUGAGGAUGCUCAACGUGGAGAUCGAAUACAUCCAAGGUCGUCGCAAUGCAGCGGCUGAUGCAUUGUCCCGGACAAUUUUCCCCUCAUACGACUGCCAUGAUGAUGAUUUGGAGGCGUUGGGUUCCGUCUCAGAGGAGGGCGAAUGGACGUGGAAAGACGGAGCUGGUGGAUACGAGGAAAUGAUCCGCAACGCAAUCGCCGGGCGGCCUGCCGCCGAUGAGAUGGCCGACGCAAUCCGAACCUUGUUGCCAUUGAAAUCGACCGCGUUGAAGUCGACUGCACAAAUCGAUCGCCUGGAGCCAGAACAAAUCCCCAUUGCAGCCUCCCAUUCCGAAUUGCAGACUGACCCCACCCUGUCGGCAUUGACCGCAUCAAUGAAGAAAUGGUUGGAUGAGCCAUGGUACAUGUAUGUUUGCAGAUUCUUGAUUGGGAGAUUGGAGGGCAUCGACAACCAUGCAUUGGCCGCGAUGGCAUCGAAGUCCCGGUCCUUUUCGAUCCACGACGGGAUCCUGAUGCACACCUCGUAUGGAUUCCGAUGCCGUUGCCUGGUGCCGUCGGAGGUGGCUGAAGCCUGCAAAGUGGCCCAUGAUGAAGGUGGGCAUUUCGGACCCAAUAUCACUCGACGGAGACUGGCUCGACAAUUUUACUGGCCAGGGAUGGCUGAGGACGUUAUCCGAUACAUCAAUGGCUGUUGGCCAUGCGCAUCGGUUGCCCCGCGGAAACCGACACAUCCAGAUCAGACAACUUGGAUCACCUCGCCAUUUCAGGUAUUGGGAAUCGAUCACCUGGGUCCAUUGCCAACUUCAGGUCGGGGCAACGUGUUGCUGCUGAUAUGGAUCGACUACCUGAGCAGAUUUUGCUGGGCGCACCCUGUGAAAUCGGCUUCAGCCUCCGAAGCGAUCCCAGUCCUGACCCAAUGGAUGGACACCAUCGGCACAUCACCUCAAGUCAUAUAUCCGGAUGCCGGUGGUGCAUUUGUCUCCCGCGAAUUCAAGUUGGCAAUGAACGCCCGGUCGGUUGAGGUGACGCCAGCACCAGCAAAAUCCCACAAGUCCGUUGGGAUGAUUGAGACGCACAUCCGCCUGGUCGUGGACCUGAUCACAAAGGAGAUUCUUGCCGGCAAAUUCCCUCCUGAAGACUGGGACCUGCAUUGGAUGGACAGCUUGAAGGCCGUCAAUCGCAGGUGGAUCCAAUCUGUUGGGUUUUCACCAACGGAGAUAUUGAUGGGCAUCCCGCCAACUGACGACAUCUCCACGGCGCCCAUUCAAUGUGCCGAUCGAGAGUUGCCGUUACCAGAUCAAUUGGCAGAUGCAGCUGUGGCACACAUGGCAACAAUCGAGUACCAUAGACGGAUGGUCAACAUAUCUCAGGACGCACGCAACGCCGCCAGAUUGGCAAAACACGACCAACGAGUCUCUACACCAUUCCGAAAAGGUGAUUUCGUCAUGUUGGCACAAGAUGGCAAACCACCCAAAUUUGAACCCCGCUGGAGGGGUCCAUUCGUCAUCAAACGCAGGGUCGGUCGUGUCACAUACCGAAUCGAACAAUUGAACGGCACUGCCAUCCCUCACGAUCGACACUGGGAUCAGUUGAAGGUUUUUCAACCGAGAUCCGGGUACCUCCAAUUACAUUCGGAUCUGUCGUUGCCAUUCACACAAUCGUUGAGACGUGGGAAGAAAAAUUGA